CCGGGAGAGCUGUGCCGAGGACGGGGAUCCCGAGUGCUUCCGGCCUUGCCUCUUCUGGGAACUUUUCUGCAGGUUUGCUUGGCGACCACUGAGGAUGUGUGAUCCCAACCAAGGCCCGCCACGACCACACCUUGCUGUAUGCCCUCCCGCCCCUCCGGGAUACCCCGGUCCUGGCACAGGUCCCUACCCCGGCGGUGUGGCAAUCUGCCCCCCAUGCCCAGCUCCACCUGGCCAGCAACCCCAUGUGCACCCCCCGUCAGGGCAUCCUCCCCAUGGGCACCAGGGGCACCAUAAGGAGCACCAUAAGAAGCACCAUAAGAAGCACCAUAAGGAGCACCAUAAGGAGCACCAUAAGAAGGAGCACCAUAAGAAGAAGCACUGCAAGCACCAUGAAGGCAAGCCCUCUGGCGGCUCGUGCAGCUCAAGCAGCAGCUCAAGCAGCAGCUCUGACUCUGACUGAACGUCUGGCAUGUCCCAUCUGCUCUGCGGUGAUCAGCAAAACAUGAAGCCAAACUCCUCGUGGGAACCCUCUCCAUGUCACUGCCCUCCCUCCCCCUUUCCCUUGGAGCACUGUUUUGCCUGCUGAGUGAUUUUUCUUGUGUGUAGCUUGUAAAUCAUUUGACCUGGAAUCUCCAAGUCAAUGGACAACAUUUCCACUCUGUCUUUUGGGAGGGCAUGCUGAAAGUCAUUACAUGCUCUUUUCCAAUC